CGAUCUUCCCAACGACCACCCUCCGACCCUGCACUCUGCCUCUGACGACGACGGGACUCAUCUUUACGAGUUCUCACGACCUGAACUUGGAGAGCUUGCUUAAAAUACGAACAUUUGAGGCGCAAAUUAGCUUGCCGAGGACCGACGCGUUCUGCCAGUGCCUUGCGAAAGCCUACACUGCCACUCUUUGUUCAUAACGUCGCGUUUUUGCUCUUUCUACCUUCUUGUAAACUGCCAUCAUGGACGCCGACCUCAUCAAACUCGUCAACAAGCUGCAAGACACCUUCGCAAACCUCGGGGGUGAGCUGGACAUGCCCCAGCUUGCAGUGGUGGGCAGUCAGUCUGCGGGCAAGUCAAGUGUGCUCGAGACCAUUGUCGGCCGUGAUUUCCUCCCUCGAGGCCAAGGCAUCGUGACACGGAGACCUCUCGUGCUACAACUCAUCCACACUCCUGUGCCUGAGCCGGCACCCGGCACGCCUUCACCAGCGUACACGGAAUGGGGCCAAUUUCUGCACAUAGACAAGCGCUUUACGGACUUCAACGAGAUCCGCAGGGAGAUUGAGCAGGAGACGUUCCGAGUGGCUGGGCAGAAUAAGGGCAUCAGCAAGCUGCCAAUCAACUUGCGAAUAUACAGCCCUAAUGUGCUUGACCUGACAUUGGUGGAUCUGCCGGGCUUGACAAAAAUCCCUGUAGGCGACCAACCCAGCGAUAUCGAACGUCAGAUCCGGAGUCUGGUCCUGGACUACAUCUCCAAGCCCAAUUGCGUCAUUCUCUCCGUCUCUGCCGCCAAUGUUGAUCUUGCGAACUCCGAGUCUCUCAAGCUCGCCCGCUCCGUCGAUCCUCAAGGUCGCCGCACGAUCGGAGUGCUCACGAAGCUGGACCUCAUGGACGCAGGGACGAACGCGCUCGAUAUCCUCACCGGGCGCGUCUAUCCGUUGAAGCUGGGCUUCAUCGGUGUCGUGUGCCGGAGUCAGCAGGAUAUAAACUCAGGGAAAGGCUUGGACGAUGCGCUGGAGAGCGAGGCCGAGUUCUUCCGGAGCCACCCUUCAUAUAGGAACAUUUCGCAUAAGAACGGCACGAAAUACUUGGCGAAGACUCUUAACCAGGUCCUGCUGAAUCACAUCCGAGACAAGCUUCCAGACAUGAAGGCACGAUUGAACACGCUCAUGGGACAGGCUCAACAAGAGCUGAACGCUUUUGGAGAUGCUGCCGUCUAUGGAGACGUCAAUCAGCAAGGUGCUCUCGUUUUGCGUCUCAUGACGCAAUUCGCAAGAGACUUCGUCGCGUCGAUAGAAGGCACGAGCGUCGAUAUCUCCACAAAGGAGCUCUCCGGGGGUGCACGUAUCUACUACAUCUUCAACGACGUCUUCGGCUCUGCUCUCGCAUCUAUCGACUCAACGCACAACCUCGACAACCAAGAUAUUCGCACUGCUAUCCGCAACUCUACGGGACCCAGGCCGAGUCUCUUCGUGCCAGAGAUAGCGUUCGACUUGCUGGUGAAGCCGCAGAUCAAGUUGCUGGAAGCGCCGAGUCUGCGCUGCGUAGAAUUGGUGUACGAGGAGCUAGUGAAGAUCUGUCAUAAUUGCACAAGCGCAGAGCUCCAGCGGUUCCCUCAGUUACACGCGCAGCUCAUCGACGUUGUUUCAGAACUGCUUCGCGAACGGCUAGGGCCCACAACUGGUUAUACCCAGAGCUUGAUUGACAUCCAGACCGCAUACAUCAAUACAAACCACCCUGCAUUCAUCUCAGGGUCGGCAGCCGCUGCAGUACAACAGACUUCUGUGGCACCGCCAAAACAGCAGCCGCCACGAUCUUCUCCCGUGCAGUCCGUUAACGGCAUCUUAUCUCCGGAUGAGGAUGAUGAUGCAACAGAUGAGGCGAACAGCGUCAACGGUACCACACCCCGGGAUACUCGCUCUGUCUCGUCGACAGUGCACGAUCGUGCCCGCAUUACUGCAACUGCCAGCGAAGCCGGGACCGCCCCGCGCAGGCCGUCAUCACCAAAACCGCACCAUCAUCACCACACCAUGCGUGCGCAUGCCCACUCGCAGCCGCCAGCAGGGGCAGCCGGGCAGCCGGGUACGGCUAAGGAGACAUUCUUGAAUUAUUUCUUUGGUCAAAAUGGACCGGGGCCCCUGGCUGGUGCGAGCGUUGAGCGGGCGAACGGCCCCAUGACAGGCGUGUCUUCGGUCGGGCGGGACGUCAGUGGCGGUGAUCCGAUGCUGCGGCAGGGACUCCUAGCGGGGACGCGGAACCUGGAGGGUAACAGUGCGGCUUUCGACAUGAGAAGUCUAGGGAAGCAUAUUGAAGCGGCUUCUGAUGGGGGUCCGCAGCUUAGCCCGCGGGAAGAAAUGGAGACUAACCUCAUCCGGUCUCUUAUCGCCUCCUACUUCAACAUUGUUCGCCAAACGAUCCAAGAUCUGGUCCCGAAAGCGAUCAUGCACUUGCUUGUUAACAAUACGUCGCAGCAGGUGCAGAACCGACUGGUGGCAUCGCUGUAUAAGCCGGAUCUUUUCGCAGACCUGCUGAACGAAGACGAGGCUUUGGUUGCCGAGCGAACACGGGUUAAGGCGUUGUUGGAUGCCUACAAGGAGGCGUUCAGAACGCUAUCGGAAGUAACAUUGAAGUCUUCAUGAUCACUCUAUUGUAUGUUGGGCAGAAAUAUCGCAUCCUGUUGUAUAAGAUUGCCGAUACUGGGCUUGUGGAAUGUCGUAGCACCUUCUAUUCUUCAGUCAUCACAACUCAUACAAGCGUGCCUAUCAUCAUAACUCAAAAUUAAG